AAUGCGGCAUUUAUUUUAUAUAUAAAGCAAGGGUUUUCUUUACAUUAACUGAAACCAGCAGCUUAUUGACAAUUAUUUUACAAAAACUUGAAUAUGCCAGAUUUCCAAGGUUACUUUGUUCUGUUUCUCAUUUGGCUAGUUUCCAUGAUUGCAAUGCGAGCAAUCUUAACAAAAACCAGGAAAGCAUCUUGCCGUCCCCCAAGCCCAUUGGCCCUACCUAUUAUUGGUCACCUUCACUUAAUAGGUCCCAUUCCUCACCAAGGUCUACACAAGCUCUCGACUCGCUAUGGACCUUUAAUUCAUAUCUUUCUCGGCUCUGUCCCUUGUGUUGUGGCUUCCUCAGCAGAAAUGGCUAAAGAAUUCCUAAAAACCCAUGAAGCAUCUUUCUCUGAUCGUCCGCGUACCAUUGCUGUUGACUACCUUACAUAUGGCUCAGCUGAUUUUUCUUUUGCUAAUUAUGGGCCUUACUGGAAGUUCAUGAAGAAAAUUUGCAUGUCAGAACUUCUUGGUGGCCGAACUCUAGAUCAAUUCAUUCCAGUCAAGCAAGAAGAGAUAAGGUGGUUUUUAAGUUUGAUGCUUAAGAAGGCAAAAGCAGUUGAGGCACUUGAUGUUGGUAAAGAGCUGAUAAGACUCACAAAUAAUGUGAUAUCCCGAAUGACUAUGGGACAAACGUGUACCAAUGAUGAUAAUGAAACUGAGGAGGUAAAGAAGUUAGUGCAGGCAGUAGCUGAGCUCACUGGGAAAUUUAACUUGUCAGAUUAUAUUUGGUUUUGCAAAAAUUUAGAUUUGCAGGGGUUCAAGAAAAAGCUUAAAGAAGUUCAUUACAGGUUUGAUACAAUGAUGGAAAGAAUCAUGAGGGAACACGAAGAGGCACGGAAAACGAAAAAGCCAAUGAAUGCAGGGAGUCAUAAAGUGAAAGAUUUGCUUGACAUCUUGCUUCAAAUAUCAGAAGACGAAAGCUCAGAGAUUAAAUUGACCAGAGAAAACAUAAAGGCUUUUAUCCUGGAUGUAUUUGCCGCUGGAACAGAUACAGCAGCAAUUACUGUAGAAUGGGCAUUAGCAGAGUUAAUCAAUCACCCAAAUAUAAUGGAGAAAGCACAAGCAGAGAUUGAUAAUGUAGUAGGAAGAAACAGACUAGUAAAUGAAUCAGACAUUGCCAACCUUCCUUACCUGCAAGCUUUAGUGAAGGAAACCCUAAGGCUCCACCCAACAGGCCCAAUGAUUGUGCGAGAAUCAACAGAGGAAUGCAUCAUCAAUGGCUACGAGAUUCCCGCAAGAACUCAACUGUUCGUCAAUGUGUGGGCAAUUGGUAGGGAUCCAAACCACUGGGAGACGCCACUUGAGUUCCGUCCAGAGAGAUUUGUGAUAAGUGAAGGAGAAAGAGAAAAGGGGAAGGCAGUGGAUGUGAGAGGACAGCAUUUUCAUAUGCUGCCAUUUGGGAGUGGAAGAAGACAGUGCCCUGGAAUAUCACUAGCACUACAGCUUGUACACACAACCCUCGGUGCUAUGAUUCAGUGCUUUGAAUGGAGAGUCAAUGGAGGGAAUGGGAGUGUUGACAUGGAAGAAGGACCAGGAAUAACCCUUCCAAGGGCUAAUCCCCUAAUAUGUGUACCAGUCCCAAGGUUUGAUCCAUUGCCAUUUUCCUAAUUCAUCAGAGAAUGAAAUUGGGUUUUGAAGUUUCUUUUCGGAAGAAAAUUAUUAAGUUUCAGUUACUAUUUUAAAUCCAAAAUUAAUCAUCCAUUUUUUCUUCUCUUCGGAGUUAUUUCACAAAUACUUGUCGUAAUAAGAAAGAGAGGAGAACAAGCACACUAGGAGAGCGUCAUACAACAGAGAAUCGUAUGCUGCGUUCGAAAAUAAUG